ACGUGCGACAGAAGCGCAUAAACACAACGUUCGUUCCGCAAUCAGAGAAAAUGCAACUGAUAUACUUCAAUCAGGUUUUUCAAAAGAACCUGAAGAUUCUCCUCACGUUUCUUCAAACAUGGUACGACCUUCUCUUUUCGAAUUAUUCCCGUGUACUCGAAGAGGAUGCGAUCGUUCCGAAGAGCGUCAACUAUCAUUUCACUCGAAAAUGCAACUACGAAUGCGGCUUCUGCUUUCACACCGCGAAAACUUCGUAUCUGCUCGAACUGGAGGACGCCAAAGUCGGACUGAGACUAUUAAAGGACGCAGGGAUGGAGAAGAUUAAUUUCAGCGGCGGAGAGCCUUUUCUGAUCAACAGAGGGGAACAUCUGGGUAAAAUGGUGCAGUUCUGCAAAGAAGAUUUGGGUCUUCCAUCUGUGAGCAUCGUCUCUAACGGAUCUUUAAUACACGAAAAAUGGUUCAAAAAGUACGGCCGUUUCGUCGACAUCCUCGCAGUUUCCUGCGAUUCCUUCCACGAAGAAACAAACAAGGCGAUUGGACGAGGCCAGGGGCAGAAGAGCCACUUGGACAAGCUUCACAAAGUGCGAAAUUGGUGUUUGCAAUACGAUGUACUCUUCAAAAUCAACACGGUCGUUAAUACCUACAACUACGACGAAGACAUGUCCGAAGAGAUCGAGAGACUGAAUCCAAUCAGAUGGAAGGUUUUCCAAUGUCUUCUGAUCGACGGCGAGAACGCAGGAGAGACAGCCUUGAGAAACGCAGAGCAAUUCUACAUAGAAGACAACAUGUUUGAUAAGUUCAUAGAAAGCCAUCAACAUGUGAAGUGUUUAGUACCAGAAUCCAAUAAGCACAUGCAGAACAGCUACUUGAUCUUAGACGAAUAUAUGAGAUUUUUGGACUGCACGAGAGGCGGCAAGGAACCAUCCAAAUCUAUACUCGAUGUUGGCGUGAACAAUGCUUUGAAGUUUUCCGGAUUCGACGAGGCGAUGUUCAAGAAACGCGGUGGUUUCUACAAAUGGUCGAAAGCGGAUUCGGCACUCUCGUGGUAAACAAACAUCCAUUACCAAAGCAACAGUUUGUUCCUAAGCAACCUCAAUAAUUAUCUUUAGAAACAUUUUAUUUUUUCUAUGCGUGUCAUUUGUUUUAUUAGAGUCGAACAUUUCGACUAUGUUAGCUGUUAGGAUUGUUUGAUUCUUCCCAAUUGGAUCUCAAUGGAAUCAUGGGUUUAGAUGUAGUUCAUGUUCAGUUUAGAUAAGUAUUAUAUAUUGUACAAACGAAUAAAGACUUGAUUAUAAAUA